CAUGAUUUUUCAGGAUGGCUUUUACUCUUAUAACUUUAAGAUGGUAUCAUGGGGGGAAAUAGAUUUUGGUCCACCACCUAAAUAUAUUGGGGGGCAUGUGACAGAAUUCUUAGAUGUAGAUGUUGAUAGGACGUCUUAUUUUGAGUUGAGGGACUACAUAAAGAAACUAGGAUAUACAAUAGAUUGUGAUUUUUUCAUCAAGUGGGAUGGGUUAUUGGUCCUUGUUGAUAAUGAUAAGGUUAUAUUUGACCUUUUCAAUAUGGUGAAUGAUGGGGAUACAGUGAAGGUGUAUGUUUUUCAUGGGGUUAGUGAAGCUAAUCAGGCCCCACUUGAAUUGGAGUUUGUCCCCCAUGUGACUGAAAGUGGGGUAGGUGAGGAAUCUUUUAAUGAGACUUCUAACCCUAAUAAUCAGCCUCCUACUUCUACUUUUCCUUCCAUCCCUACAACUGGUCCUUCUGAAACUUCCAGCACUCCAUUUGAAGCUCAGUCUUCUACUGUGCCUCCACCAUCUCCUUCUAUUGUGCCUCCUCCUUCAUCUGAUUAUCCUAUAAUAGAUGAUGAUCCAACUGAUGAUGAAGUGGAAGAUGAAUCAGGAUCUGAAGGGGAUACUAGUGAAGAUACUGAGGUUGACAGUGAUGUUCAUCAAGAGUAUGUAGAUAUAAGGGCAACCAAGAGGCAUUUCAAAAGGUCACAAAGGAGAAGUAGGGGAACUACUUCAGAUCAGAUUAAUGUUAAUGAGAAAGGUCCAGAUAUAGGGUAUGAUGAGACAAAUAAUGGUAUUAGGGAAAGCUUAGUUGGUAAGCUAGGAGGUGAUGAACCUUAUUAUCUAAGUGAUGAAGUUCCUGGCUUUGAAAUAGAUGAUGAAACAGGUUGGGGAGAUGGUGAAGAGGUUGAUCAAGUAGUGCAUAAACCUGUUAGGAGGAAGAAAACCCCAAAUAGAGUUGUGUUUGAUACAACUGCUGAAAAGAUUGUUUGGGAAUUAGGACUGGUUUUUGGAACUGUUGAAGAAUUUAGAGUGGCAGUGACAAGAUAUGCAAUCCAAGAACAUAUUCAAAUUGAAAAAUAUGUAAAUGAGCCUGGCAGAGUUAGAGUGAGAUGUUGUAAAGAGAGUUGUCCUUGGUUGUUGUGUGCAAGUAAGGAUAAAACUAGUGGAGAUUUCAUUGUUAAAACAUACAACCCUAUCCAUAAAUGUUUGACAUCAACUCAUAACUACCUGUGCAACUCAAAGUUUUUGGCCACCAAAUACAAAGAAAGAAUAACUCAACAGCCAAACAUCAGCAUUGUCUUGUUGCAGGACAUUAUUAGAAAGGAGUUGGAUAUUAAUGUUGGUAGGACAACAGUGAGAAGAGCUAGGACUAGAGUGUUACAAGAGAUCAUGGGUGAUCACAUUGUGGAGUAUGGUAGGAUUUUUGAUUAUAGAGAUGAAAUAUUAAGGAGUAAUCCAGGUAGUACUUGUGUAGUGAAGGUUGGAGAAGAUUCUGAAACUGGGCAGAAAAUUUUUGAAGGAUUUUAUGUUUGCUUCAAUGCUUUAAAGAAAGCAUUUUUUGGAGGUGCUAGAAGGUUGAUUGGUUUUGAUGGGUGUUUUCUCAAAGGUGUGUGUAAAGGCCAGUUGUUAGUGGCAGUUUGUAGAGAUGGAAACAACCAAAUGCUCCCUAUUGCUUGGGCAGUUGUUGAGGUUGAGAAUCAGUAUACCUGGACAUGGUUUCUUGAACUAGUGAAGAAUGAUCUUGAACUUGGAGAAGGGCAUCAACUAUCCAUCAUUAGUGAUAUGCAAAAGGGACUAGAAAUUGCUGUGGAUACUUUAUUGCCACUUGUUGAACAUAGAAAAUGUGCAAGACAUGUUCUUGCAAAUUGGUCAAAAAAUUGGAAAGGAGUUGAAAGAAGAAGAGUGUUUUGGAGGAUUGCUAAAUCCACAUUUGAAGCUGAGAUGAAGGACAAUAUAGAGACAAUGAGGAAAUUAGGACAAGAAGGUUUAGAUAAUCUUUUAUGGUACAAUUUGAAUACAUGGUGCAAGAAAUAUUUUGAAGAAUAUAGCAAAUGUGAUGUUGUGGACAACAAUAUGGCAGAAAGCUUUAAUGCUUGGAUAGUGUCUGCAAGGUAUAAAACCAUCAUUACAAUGCUUGAGGAGAUAAGGGUGAAGAUGAUGAAAAGAAUUGGUGAUUUGAGAGAGUUCUCAAACACUUGGAUCACUGAUAUAUCUCCUAUGUCUUUGAAGAUUUUGCAAGAAAACAUUCAAAAGUCUAUGCAAUGUAACUUGACUUGGAAUGGAGAAAGAGGUUUUGAGAUUAAACACCAUGGGUUUACACACACUGUGGACAUUGUUAAUAGGAGGUGUAGUUGCAGAUCCUGGCAGCUUAGGGGAAUUCCUUGUCCUCAUGGUGUUGCUGCCCUUCAUUACAAAAACUUGGAACCAAUCCAUUAUGUGGCUAGCUGUUAUAGCAAGGAAACCUACCUCAGCACAUAUGCCCAUUUUAUUCAGCCAAUGAAUAACAUGAAAAUGUGGUCAACCUCAAAUAAUCCAAUUGUAAAGCCACCAAAGAUCAGAAAGUUGCCUGGAAGACCAGUUAAGGUUAGAAGAAAGGAAGCAGAUGAAAGCAGAAAAACUGGAAAGUUGAGCAAAAGAGGUGCUGUAAUGACUUGUAGCAAAUGUGGCACACAAGGACACAAUAAAAGAGGAUGUCCUACAAGAAACCAAGUUGAUCCAACUCAAUCAACUGAACCAGUUUCUCAGGCAAGAAGUACUGGUCCAAGUCAGUCAUCUGAAUCAUCUUCUCAUACACAGGCUACUGAAAGUGGUAGAGGAAAAGGCACAGGAAGAGCAACAAGAGGAAGAGCAACAAGAGGAAGAGCAAGUGGCAGAGAUGUUCCAGCUCAAUCACAUGAAAAUGUUACAAACACAGAGACUGUAAAUGGUAGAGGUAGAGGUAGAGGUACAGGUAGAGGAGCAGGAUCAGGAAGAGAAAUGGCUCAAGAAAGAAAUGUGAAUGAAGGACUAAGUAGAGGAAGAGGAAUGACUCAACAUAGUCAAACUAGUUCAGAAGCAAACUACAGUAGAGGAGGCCUAGGAAGAGGGAAGAGACCAGUAGAACAUGAAGACACUAGUGGAGGACAAACAAGACCUUUUAAAAGGCCAAGAAUGGUAGGUGUUGGCAUAUACCAAGCUAAAGAUGGAUUUACAACUCUCAAUCCUGGAUUGCCAAGUAGAAGAGUCAUCAAUACUGGUACAAAAGUUACAAAGAGGGCUGAUGUUGUCACUGGUGAUAUUGGCUACACACCAGUACGUGGAUUCAAAUGGAAGGGGAAGACAACUAUUACAAGUAGCAACCUGGAAAGAAUGAGGGCUGAAAAGGUUAUCCAAACUAGGUCUGUAGCUGCUGCUAAUGCUGCUAAUAGCCAAGGCCAAACAACUUCAAGUAGAAAAACUUCUGUGCCAUGGAAGUAGGGCAUUUUGAUGUUGUCUUGUUCAUUUUGACAAACAAAAUUUAACUAAGCAUAUAUUUGUGUUGUUUUUUAUUGGAAACAAACUCAAUUUUGGGUGUAACCAAACAAACUUGAAUGGUUGGAAUCAAACUCGAUUAUGAAGUCUUCUUUUU